CCAACUGAGUGCUACUCUGCUGCAUUAGCAAACACCAGUGGGACAGACGGGCCCCGGUUGGCUGGCUUUUUUUCGAUUCUCCAAUCAUGGACGAAGACAAAAAACCUGAGGUGAGGAAAGAAACAAGCUUGUUUAAAAAGGAUCAUUUAGUGGCUUCUAAUGCUUCAGAAGAUGAACCACCCUGUAUAGCUCCAGGAAUGGCGGAUGGUGAAACGUUAGAGAUGCUCUGGCAGUUGCGAGCCCAGCGGCGCCAGAACUCCCCUGAGCUUCCAGAGACGGUGACCCGUCUUAAUGCUCCCGACGGCAGCAUCCUCUACUUGGUGGGGACUGCCCAUUUCAGUGACAACAGCAAAAAUGAUGUGGCAAUGACGAUCCGUGCCGUGCAGCCAGACGUGGUGGUUGUGGAACUUUGCCAGUACAGAGUUUCGAUGUUGAGGAUGGAUGAGAAUACGCUGCUGAAGGAAGCCAAAGACAUCAACCUGGAGAAGGUUCAGCAAGCCAUCAAGCAGAAUGGGCUCAUGUCCGGCCUGAUGCAGAUUCUUCUGCUCAAAGUUUCGGCUCAUAUCACACAACAACUUGGAAUGGCACCUGGAGGAGAAUUCAGGGAGGCAUUCAAAGAAGCAGGACGGGUUCCAUUCUGUAAAUUUCACCUUGGGGACAGGCCAAUCCCAGUGACAUUCAAGAGGGCCAUAGCUGCUCUCAGUCUGUGGCAGAAGGCCCGUCUGGCCUGGGGUCUUUGCUUUUUGUCAGAUCCAAUAAGUAAAGAGGACGUAGAGAAGUGCAAGCAGAAGGACUUGCUGGAGCAAACCAUGUCCGAGAUGAUUGGAGAGUUUCCUGCUCUUCAUCAAACCAUUGUUGCUGAAAGGGACAUCUACCUCACACACACCCUCCGCCAGGCAACACGCUGCGUGGAGUCGCCAUCUGAUGGCCAGAAAGUGCCUGCUGUGGUGGUUGGAGUGGUAGGAAUGGGUCAUGUCCCUGGGAUUGAACAAAACUGGGAAAAGGAGCUCAACGUUCAAGAAAUCAUGACUGUUGCACCGCCCUCACAGUUCAGCUGGGUUAUGCGUGCUCUUGUAAAGGGCGUUCUGUUGGGAAUGCUGGGAUAUGCCUGUUACCGUGCUGGAGGAGGUUUAGGUCGAACCCUGUUGUCUCUACCAGCAGUCCAGUCUUUACUGGAGAAACUUUGGCCUCAUCCUGCCUGACCCCACUGGACCUUUUUAAGCCUUCUCUGACACAAGCUUUGAUCUGUUAAAAUAAUGCAUCUAUCACCGAUGGCCUUAAAAACAGGAGGUGAGGCUGGAUGAACGAGUGCACCAGCUCACGCCUAUAGGAACUGAGACGGACCUCACUGGGGUCAAAAUCUCUUAACCUUAUGAUGUUUCCAUAGACACUGUUGGAGUAUACUGCCAAAGAAAUCACAACUGUACCCUAAUCCUUCAGUUUUGUUGUACAUUUGGCAUAAUUUGCCUCCUAGUAGAAAAAUAAUAUCCCUAUUUUACCCAAGAUUUAGAUCAUUUUAAUUACUGUCCUUGGAAGCAAAUAGUUAUUUCCCUGGAUAUAAUGGAACCCUUAACCUGAAAGAAGCCAUUUUCUGUGUAUCAAACAGAUUGUUGGUAAUUGGUCCAGCACUUUAUAAGGUGAGUAGAAAGAAGGAAGUAACCUAUACUGUUAUUUAAGUAUAUAUGGAUUUAAUAAUUGCACAGCGGCUCGAACUAGACAGUCUAUCAUAUUUUGUAUGAUCAUUGAAGCAUAUUUCAAAAAUAUCAGCAUGGUGCUGAUCACCCACAUUCAGGAUUAGCAGAAGAAACUGAUUGCUCUGUGUCCCAAACUAUACAGCCAAGUGCCUCAUGUUCCAGCUGGAAGGGCUACUGUGAAAUCCAACCAUGUUUGUUAGCUGCAUCUAACAAAGCAUUUGUGCAGUUUUAAUAAGUCUUGUCAUCUUGCAACUGAAAUACUAUUUUAUAAAGAGAGGAGGUGAGGUUGAUGUUGACUUUUUAAAUGUUACCAAACUGCAACUUUUUUGUAAGAAUAUUCUAGAGACACUGAUGCUCAGGAGGCCUAACAAAGCCUUACAAAAAAGUUAGAUGAUUUUUUUUUAUUAUAUAUAUAUAUAUAUAUACAAUUUUCAAUAUAAGGUAAUUAACUUUUGUGUUAAUGUUCUUAUAAAAAAAAAAAAAAAAAAGAUCCUAUAGGGAAAACCAUAGUUUGAGGAUGUGGCAGUCAUUGCUUCAGCUGUCCUUAUAUAUGCAUUUAUAUUUAUUGUAAAAUCAGGAAACCAGAUGAUGAAAGUUGCUUUGUUUCCCCCCCUGAGUAAAGGAACACUCUGGUUUGUACAUUUAUAAUUUUCAUUAUUUGGGAUGCCAACAAAAAUGUUGGUUGUGUUGGGAAGUGUAGCCUUACUUCAUUAUUACUUUUGCCUUUGACCCCUGACUGCCUCCUCUGCUAAAGCAUAUCACCAACCAUGAGUCUACGGUAUAUUCUGGUACUGCAUGUAAAACAAAAAGAGACACCCCUGAAGCAAAAUGUUAUGUCGGAGUGCAGUACUGCUAGUUCUCUAAACAUAUUUGCAUGAUUUUAAUUCUUAGCAAUAUCCAGGUAAUUUUAAGUGAUCUUUGUACAGCAGAUUUAUUAUUUACUGUAAGGGACGGGAAAUGAGCUGCCUCAUUAAACCUGUAAAUGGGUCCAAUUAAUUUAUAUUGAAUGUGAUGUUCAUUUUUUUAAAAGCAAAAUUAAAACCUAUUCAGUCUAAA